ACGGUCAUAUGUAUCAGAAUAUGUAUAGAUCAUCGAUAUUUAUAGGUAAUUUUUUCGGACCUAAAAGCGAAUAUGUUGUAGCUGGAUCCAAUAAUAAUAUAUUUAUUUGGGAAAAAAAUUCGGAAUCUAUCAUACAAUAUAUGACAGGAGAUAGAGAAUCCGUAAAUUACUUGGAGGGUCAUCCGCAUAUUCCCAUUCUUGCGACAAGCGGACGUGAUAACAAUGUUAAACUAUGGGUGCCUUCGAAAGGAAAACUUUCGGUAAUAUUGCGGUCAUUUGGAAACUUUUAUGAGGACGAAUUACAUUACGAAUCAAAUUCAAAUCUAGACGAAGAUGAUAUCAACGACAUCCAUACCGAUGAUGAGAAUAGUUUCAGUAGCUCCACGGCGGAGUUUAUCGAGGAUAAUUUAUCCGAAUGCGGCGACGUUGAAAGAAUACAGUGUGCUUCAUCUUAAAAUUGUUGCUUAAAUUAACGCGAUUUAAUAUUGCUAUAAGAGUUAUUAAUGUACGAAGCGUAUCUUUUUAUAUUAGAAAGGACAAAUGGCAAAUAUAAAUGCAGAGUGAUAAUAGAUGCACAAUUAAAAUUGUAACCAAUUAAUUAAUUAGAAAUAGAAACAUAAAUCAUUUAAUAAUAGAUAUAUUCGCGCAUUAGUUACCGUGCUUUACUCUUGUGUUCCAUUUUUCAUUUAUUAAUGUUUAAUUA